AUGGCGCCUGAGCUGGUCUAUCUGCCUCCUCCAGGCCUGGAGACCAAUUUCGAUAUCCUUCGCAAGAGAAUAAACUCCGAACUUGGCCUGUCUCUCCAGAAUUAUGACGACCUCCACCGGUUCUCCGUCCAACAGCCAAAUGACUUCUGGCUGGCACUGUGGAGGUUCAUGAGGAUUAAAGCUUCUGUACACCCGACCAAAGCCGUCGACGAGUCCCUCCGGAUCGAUCAAUUUCCGCCCUUCUUCGAGGAUGCGCGACUCAAUUAUGCCGAAAACCUGCUAUGCAGGUGCGACAACGGUGUGGCAGUACGAUAUCUGUGUGAAGAACACCUGGGUUCGCCUCGAGAGGUGACGUGGAAGGAGCUGAAUGAGAAAGUCCGCAAAGUAUCAGACGCCAUGAGAUCAUCCAAUGUCUCAUCGGGGGACGUUGUGUGCAUCAUCGGUGGCAGCUCGCCAGAGUCUCUCGCAAUCUGGCUGGCCACAGCGUCCGUUGGCGCAAUCGUUACGGGGUUUGCCACGGACGCGGGAGAAAGAGUGCUGCGUGAUAGAAUGGGCCAAGUCUGCCCCAAGAUCGUGUUUGCAGAGUCGUCGUACCAAUACAACGGCAAAAGGCACAACAUUUCCGACCGAAUUGCCAAGGUGUUUUCCAUGAUUGACAAAGCCGCCGAUGCACAGAUCAUCUGCAUCUCAAAAGCUGUGCCUGAAGGCUGGGUUUCCUUAGAAGACUUUCAACGGCGAGGCACUGGGAGACCACUUCGCUUCGAACAGGUGCCUUUCGGUCAUCCACUUUUGAUCGCGUUCUCUUCGGGCACCACUGGCACUCCGAAAGGCAUAGUCCAUUCUCACGGCGGCUUGGUCGUCAACGGGAAGAAAGAAAGUCUCCUCCACAAGAACUUCGGUCCAGAUGAUGUCCACUACCACUAUGCGGGUAUUGGUUGGGUGCUGUGGAAUAUCAUGAUAUCGGCAAUGUUCUGCGGCACGACUGUUGUGCUCUAUGACGGCUCUCCAUUCUAUCCAACACCAGAGAAACAACUCGCGGCAGUGCUAGGUGCUGGAGUGACAGCCUGGGGCGCGGGCCCGCGAUACUUUUCAGAACUUCAAAAGGCCGGCGUCAAUCCCAAGCCUUAUUCCAAGAACCUCAAGUGUAUCUUGUCUGCGGGUGCAAUCUUGACUGAAUCUCAGUCAAAGUGGCUGAUGGAAGCGUUUGGCCCUGUAUGCCAGAUGUCAUUCUCCGGCGGCACUGAGCUCUGCGGCAACUUCCUGGCCGGCCACAUCGGCAUGCCAGGUUACGCGGGCGAGAUGACGGUCAAGGAACUCGGAACAGACAUCGACGUCUUCACUUCAGACGGCAAGCCCGCGAAGCCUGGUGAGAGUGGAGAGCUCGUGUGCAAGAAGCCAUUCCCCAACAUGCCCGUCAAGUUCUGGAACGACCCCGGCAAGAAGAGAUACACCGACUCGUAUUUUUCGACCUUCCCAGGAGUCUGGCGGCAUGGAGACUACAUCAGGAUGAACCCAGAAACCAAAGGCUGGGUGAUUCUCGGUCGCAGCGACGGCGUGUUGAACCCAUCAGGUGUCCGUUUCGGCAGUGGAGAGAUCUACUCUAUCAUUGACCAGAAGUUCCGUGACAGAAUAGUCGAUUCUAUCUGCGUCGGACAGCAAAGAGCCUGGGACGAGAGCGAACGUGUGUUCUUGUUCCUCAAAGCCGCCAAAGGAUCGAACACAGCCGCCUUGGAGAGGGAAAUCCGCGCACAGAUCACCAGAGAUCUCAGUCGUCGCCACGUUCCUCAGUUCAUGUUCUGGGUGCAGGAGAUUCCCUACAAUGCCAACAAUAAGAAGCUUGAGAUACCCUUGAAGAAGGUCCUGUCGGAAGGGAGUGCAGGGAUCAAGAAGUUGACGUGCCCGACAGAGGAGAAGGCCGUCCUGAUGCAAUAUCUUCCAUUCUACGAAGUUGAGAAGUUGUUGGUCAAGGAGACGAUGCCACUGAGUGCCAGACUGUAG